AUGACUGUCCAGCUUCCGGUUGUUCCUAAAAUGCUGUCCUCUGGCCUUCCUGACAAGGAGGACUUGACGUGGAAAGAACAACCAGGCGGAAAACAGUACUUUUUCUCAGCAUUUUACGAUGACCGCGAGGGAGGACACGUUCGAAUUGUAUCACUUGUAGACAGAGAGACUAAACCGCCGGGAUUCUGCAGAGUUUGGUUCCGAGAAGCGGGUAAAACUGGACUCGGUGGUGACCUGUCUAGUAAUGAUAGUAUAGUGCGGCCGGCAAAGCUUGAGCGAAAUCCAAAGAGGGGAAAAUAUUCUGCAUCUCUUUACCAUUGUGAUGUGAAAGGAUUACCAAAGCCGCUGGCCGUUUCCUUGGUGGAAGACCGAAACUCUGCUCACACAAACAGCGUCCCCAUUCUCAAGGUGAUCGACAAGAGUCGGCCAAGCAAGUGGGAUGCGAACAAGCUGAGACGGAAGAUCGGAGUUUGUGUAGAGACUCCCCUUUUUGAAUAUAGUAACUUCAUGCGGUUGAUAGAGUUUGUUGAGGUUUACCGGACACUUGGAGCGGAGCAUUUCACCUUGUAUAAUUACACUGGUGAUCCUGUGAUGAAUCCGGUUAUCCGGGCGUAUGUUCAACAAGGGAUAAUGACAUUAAUUCCAUGGAACUUACCACCAAACUUGCGUGUAAAUUCUGUCGGCAAUGAAGCCACAGAAGGAGUGCACUACUACGCCGAACUAUCCUCAAUCCAGGACUGCCUCUACCGUACUAUGUAUGAGUUCAAAUACGUCGUUUUCGUCGAUACAGACGAGUUCAUCGUGCCAAGGAAACAAAACGACUUAUAUGCCAUGUUAGAAAGUUUACCGCAGGACCGUGCGGGGUACGCAUUCGCCAAGAAAGAGUUCAUAAUUAGUCCAGCGACUUUUGACACAUAUCCAGCCGUGAAGGGAAAAUUGGAUGCGAGGCUGUUACGUUAUCGCCCAGCUUGUCUCUUAACUUCCCGACGUUCACGUAAGAUCCAUUCGUUCAGUAAAAGGUGUUGUUACAAAACUAUCGUUAAGCCAGAGAAAGUAUGGCUGAUGGAUGUCCACUGGAUCGAACGCGCCACGGAAAGCACUUUUAACGCAGGGGGAGACUUGGGGUCGUUGCAUCACUACAGACAACACUUCAUGGGGAGUGGAAUAAUAACGGAUGCCUCAAUUUUUAGAUUCGGCGAAAAGAUAUUAGAAAACAUUGACAAGGCAGUUCAGUAUGUGAGGCAUACAACUUGA